AUGAAACAAGCUGUUAGAUUUCAUCAAGCAUUCACUUUUUUAAUACCCACUGUGCGCCACUCAACAUUAAUUUCAUCAGAUACGACAUCAAAAGAAAAUGCAGAACAUCGUCAUCGACUUGCUACAACAAAAAAAAUACGUCUACUAGGUUUACAGAGCAAUCAAGCUCGCCAAGCACUUGCAAUCUACGAUGAUUAUGUAUAUCGUCAAAAAAAAUUACCUGAUUUACGUAUGUUUGCAGUUGCUAUCAACUGUGCAAUGGUUGCUGAAGAUUUAGUCAAAGGCCGUGAAAUCCAUCAAUUUAUUGAACAUCAUUUCCCGCAUUUGAAAGAUAAUCUUAUGUUGAAGCAGCAACUUCGUUAUUUUUAUAUCAAAUGUAACGAUAAACUAUCAGCUGAUAAACUUUUUCAAAAACCAUCAACAAUAACAGAAACAUCAGCAAAAACAUGA